CUCCUUCCGGAUCGCUGUAUUGCGAUCCGUUUCCCUAUGUUACCAUAUAUACCGCAGCUGUAUGGUACAGGCUGUUUGGGGGGCGUUUUCAAGAAAUCCCUCCAAAAUCUCUAUAUAGGAGGGAGCUCGGGGCGGGGUUUCAGAAGUUUGCCACAAUUACGUCCCUACAAACUUUUUCUGGGGAAGCGAUUUUACUUCGUAUAGCGUGAGUCAGUUGGCUAGCUAACGCCAUCGAUUGCUAUUGCACCCCCUUUUAUUUUCCUUUAUCCGAUGGACUGGUUCAGUUGUUCCGAAGCAGGGGACUUGUUUUGCGCGAGCCAACUUCGUUACUUUGGAUGUGUUCCGGUUGUCGUCCUUCGCAGUUAGCUUGUUAGCUAUUAGCCAGCCAACGUAAACAAGCUGCAAAACGAAUGUAAACAUUACACACAAAAAGACAUCACCUUAGUGUUUAUUUUCCCACCCUAAACAACAUGACGAUGUAAUUCAGUUAAAUAAACUGCCAGAGAAAUUGGAAAUUGUAACUUUGCGUUCCUUAAAAAAAAGAAAAUACACGAGCGGUUUGGUUUCUUCUUCGUUAGUGCGGUACGAAACAAACGCGGGUGGUUUUCUUCUUCGGUGGUGUGAGUAACGCUUCAUGAAAUUAAAUAGAACAAAAAAAGUAAACCCAGGCGAGUUUCUCUAUCUCUGUAUACUUGUGUUGAUUUACUCUGAGAUCAUUUCUUUAGAGAACUCUAGACCUUGCCUGCUUUUUUUGUGGUGCCUUUGAAAAAUGUAUUUUGUAUUUUUAUCCUUUUUUUGCAGCUGCAUCUCCUCUCAGCCUGGGAUCCCCAGUAAACCGUCUCUGGGGGGAGUGUGAAACUGUGAUUACAUUUGACACAGUUUUUUGUUAAAGCAUUAGAGAACACUAACACACAAACACGCACUCAGGGGACUCAGAAAAAGCAAUGAAAACCCUGAGCUGAGUUCUCCAGAGCGUUGUGGAUAUCUGCUCUAACAGAUAAUCGCAUCUUUUGGCCACCAUGCCUGGCCCAGUGGCUGGCAGCACAGCUCGGGUCUACGCAGAUGUGAACACUCUGAAGAGCAGGGAAUACUGGGACUAUGAGGCCCAUGUGCCAAAUUGGAGCAAUCAGGAGGACUAUCAGCUGGUGCGGAAGUUGGGCCGGGGGAAGUACAGCGAGGUGUUCGAGGCCAUUAAUGUGAGCAACAGCGAAAAAGUGGUGGUGAAGAUCCUGAAGCCCGUCAAGAAGAAAAAGAUCAAGCGAGAAAUCAAAAUCCUGGAAAACCUGAGAGGAGGAACCAACAUCAUCCGGCUAGUGGACACCGUAAAGGACCCUGUGGAGCUGUACCAGAAGUUAACAGAUUUCGAUAUCCGUUAUUACAUGUAUGAACUACUAAAGGCCCUGAACUACUGCCACAGUAUGGGCAUCAUGCACCGUGACGUCAAGCCCCACAACGUCAUGAUCGAUCAUCAGCUGAGGAAGCUGAGGCUGAUAGACUGGGGUCUGGCUGAGUUCUAUCACCCUGCGCAGGAGUACAAUGUCAGAGUGGCGUCUCGUUAUUUUAAGGGUCCUGAGCUGCUCGUGGAUUACCAGAUGUAUGACUACAGUCUGGACAUGUGGAGUCUGGGCUGCAUGCUGGCCAGUAUGAUUUUCAGGAAGGAACCAUUCUUCCACGGCCAGGACAACUACGACCAGUUGGUGCGCAUCGCUAAAGUCCUCGGAACCGACGAGCUCUUCGGCUACCUGCGCAAAUACCACAUUGAGCUAGACCCGCGCUUUAAAGACCUGCUUGGCCAGCAGACGAGGAAGUGCUGGGAGCAGUUUGUACAGACAGAGAAUCAGCACCUGGUGAGUCCUGAGGCUCUUGACCUGCUGGAUAAACUACUGCGCUACGACCACCAGCAGAGACUCACCGCCACCGAAGCCAUGGAGCACCCCUACUUCUACCCAGUGCUAAAGGAACAGUCUCUUACCAAUGCGAAUAACACUGUAGGAUCAGAAGGAUGUAAUGCAGCUCGGUGAACAGACUUUCAGAAAGCUGAAAAUAACUUUAUACCUCAGUUUACCCUUCGUGGCAGAAAUCUCUCAAUGUGUACAGUUGAAGAUGGGCAAAAGCAGUAUUGACCAGUUUACACCUUUCUCACACACACACACACACACACACACACACACACACACACACACACACACACACACACACACACACACUCACUGUCGUCCUUCUCAGUAUCCGUGAAGGUUGGUCUGUCCCCUGUACCUCCAUAGGCGCUGAAGCCAUUUUAGUUUGGAGAUCAUGAAGAUGCCUCCUGUUUUAUUGAUAGGUGAGGAGUUGUUAGAGGAAUAAGGCCAGUCUCUGCCCCCUCGUACCGUGACCCUGCCUUUGUUUACCUUGCCGUGAAGAGUGAAGCACAGAUAAUACCCUGCCCUCACUGUUCUCCUCACUGGUCUGUCUGUGUGUUCAGUAUUCAGACCCCAGUGUGGUGUCUUAUGCACCACCACACAGAAGAAGUGGCAUAUUGGACCUCAUUUCUCUCUGCUCUAGGUAGAAAAGUAUUAAUGACAAUAAAUGACUUUUAUUUAA